AUGUCCACCAACAAAUCCGCAGACGUGCUCAAAACUGAAUUGGAUGCUCAGCACCUCGAGCAUCCUCAUACCAUUCAUGAUGAUGCCGUUCUCAAGGCCGCCGAGCAUGCCGAUCUGGAGCAGAUCGAAGAGACUGCCCCCGGCCGCUUCGUGUGGCUCUGUGCUUGUGCCACCGCCAUUGGAGGCAUGUUGUUCGGUUAUGACACAGGCGUCAUCAGCGGUGUUCUAGUUGUCAUCGGCUCAGAUCUUGACAACAAGCCGCUGUCGAGCUCAGAUAAGGAACUUAUCACCGCUCUGUGUGCUGCCGGUGCUCUGAUUGGCGCUGUCAUUGCUGGUAUCACAGCUGACAAGUACGGUCGUCGACCGGCUAUCUGGUUCGCGUCCGUGUUAUUCACCAUUGGAGCACUUGUCCAGGCUAGCUCCUUUACCAUCGCACAAAUGUCUGUUGGACGUCUGCUCGUUGGACUCGGGGUUGGAUCUGCCUCUAUGAUCGUCCCUCUAUACAUAGCAGAGAUCUCACCCGCACGCUUCCGUGGCCGCAUGAUCUCCAUCGACAUGAUCUUUCUCGGCACGGGCUCUGUCUUAGCCUACGCGUUCGACGCCGCCUUCUACACAGUUGCCCACGGCUGGCGGUACAUGAUUGGCAUAGGUGGUGUGCCCUCCAUCAUUCUCGGCGUGUUGCUGUUCUGGUGCCCUGAGUCACCCCGUCAGCUCAUGUUCCACGGCGACCGAGAGCGAUGUGAGGUUGUGUUGAGGCGUAUAUAUCCCAACGCUACCGAGGAGCACAUCACUAAUAAGAUGUUGUCGCUCGAGAAUGGCGUCAAUGCUGCAAAGGCUCUGAACGAGGAGAUCUCCCUGAGAACGUCGCUGCAAAGCAUCUUCACGGUGCCGGCAAACUUGAGGGCCACCAUUGCUGCGUGUGGGUUGAUGGCGUUCCAGCAGUUCUGCGGAUUCAACACACUCAUGUAUUAUUCAAGCACCCUUUUCGACAUAGUAGGCUUUUCCAACCCCAUCGCAGUCGGUACCGUUGUCGCCGUGACCAACUGGAUCUUCACCGUCCUCUCCAUCAUCUUUAUCGACCGCAUCGGCCGCCGCCGCAUCCUCCUGUGGACCAUGUGGGGCAUGCCCGUCUGCCUCGUCAUCGCCGCGGUCGCCUUCCACUGGAUCCCGCUAGACCUUAACACCCUCGAGCUCACCACAGACACUGUCGGCUGGCCUGCCAUCCUUGUUCUGGUCAUGAUGAUCUUGUUUGUCGCCUUCUACGCCGCUGGCCUGGGCUGCGUGCCAUGGCAGGCCAACGAGUUCCUGCCCAUGGAGGUCCGCGCUAUGGGCACCAUGCUGAUCAAUAUUUGCAACUGGGGGCCCAACAUUGUUGUCAGCUCAACCUUCCUGAGCAUGAUGAAGGGGAUGACUCCCAGCGGGACCUUCGGCUUCUAUGCCGGGCUGAGUUUCUUGGGGUGGGUGUUUGUUAUCUUUUGCUUCCCGGAGGCCGCGAAUAUGACGCUCGAGGAGAUCCGUAUCGUGUUCCAACAUGGAUUUGGCGUGAAAUACGCUGAAGAAUGGCGGAAGCAGAGGAGGAUACAGCAGAGGUCGGGCGAUGUCUGA